UCCCUUAGUCCCACAGCUUGCGCUCGAUCUCCAGCUGCAGACGAAAUAUCUCACUCUGGUUUCUCCAUGCAUGCUUGAGCAAGUCUCAAGGUUCUGGGCUGUAUCAGGUUUUGAUAGUACCUUUCUAAAUUUAAGAUUGUCAAAUGUUGAAUAACAUCCGACAGCAUGUUAGGAAGUUAUAUAACACGGUAAAUGACACUUGCCUGACUUGUUUCCACAACACCAGUUCUGUAUCAUCAAAUGCCCUAGUUUUAUCCCGAUGUUCAGCGCCCCGUCACCAUCGAACUUUCGGCACCAAGUUCAUCAUCGUUGACAAAAGGUGUGUGGAGUAUUACGCGAAACACAGCAUAUUCUCUGCACACGUAAACCGGUCCAGUUUUCACAGAAGAAAUAUUCUCACAAGUAGAACGAUGGCCUCUUCCUCAAGCAGUCGGCAGAAUAGACUGGCUCUGGAAAAGUCACCAUAUCUCCUUCAACAUGCUUCCAAUCCAGUGGACUGGUAUCCAUGGGGUCAGGAGGCUUUUGACAAGGCGAGGGCUGAGAACAAAGUGAUAUUUCUGUCUGUGGGUUACUCCACCUGCCACUGGUGUCAUGUGAUGGAGAGAGAGUCGUUCGAGAAUGAGGACAUAGGAAAGAUCUUGAAUGAGAACUUUGUCAGCAUUAAGGUGGAUCGAGAAGAGAGACCUGAUGUUGACCGUGUAUACAUGACAUUCAUCCAGGCUACUAGUGGGGGAGGUGGUUGGCCGAUGAGUGUGUGGCUGACUCCAGACCUCAACCCCAUAGUUGGAGGAACAUACUUCCCUCCCAAUGACAAGUACUAUGGAAGACCAGGGUUCAAAACAAUACUGCAGAAUAUAGCCGAGAAAUGGAGAACAAAGAAGGAUGACCUAGAACAAAAGGCUGAAGUUAUCCGAAGCUCUCUGUCGAAGAUGAGCAACAUCAGUGACAAGGGGGAAAACGCUUUGCCUUCAGAGCCACAGGUCAUGAAGUGCUUCGGUAUGCUUGUCAUCAGCUAUGAUGAAGAACUAGGAGGAUUUGGAAAGGCACCAAAAUUCCCUCAGCCAGUAAAUUUCAACUUCUUGUUACGCUUCUAUGGGAGUAAUCGAGGCAGUGAAGAAGGUCGACAUGCCCUGGACAUGUGCAGCUAUACACUGACAAUGAUGGCCAAAGGUGGCAUCCAUGACCAUGUGGCUCAGGGCUUCCAUCGCUACUCUACGGACAAGUUCUGGCAUGUGCCUCACUUUGAGAAGAUGUUGUAUGACCAGGGCCAGCUAGCCGUGUCCUACCUCGAAGCCUAUCAGGCUACUAAGGACAAAUGUUUCGCAGACGUUGCUGAGGACAUCUUCCAGUAUGUGUCCAGGGACCUGAGCCAUCCAGCAGGGGGCUUCUACAGUGCUGAGGAUGCUGACUCUCUGCCUGACAGCAGUGCUACAGAGAAGAAGGAGGGAGCAUUCUGUGUGUGGACCCAGCAGGAACUGCGGGCACUUUUGUCCGACAGACUGGAGGGACACGACGACAAGACAGAAGCAGACCUGUUCUCUCGGUACUACAAUACUCAGGACACAGGGAAUGUCGAUCCCUACCAGGAUCCACAUGAUGAGUUGAAAAUGCAGAAUGUCCUGAUAGUGCGAGAUAGUGUGGAGAAAGUAGCUGAGGUGUUUAACUUGAGCGUAGAAACCACAGAGCAAGUCUUGCAGAAGUGCAGGAAUGUGUUGUUUGAUGUCAGACUGAAAAGACCCAAGCCGCAUCUGGACAACAAAAUGGUGGCUGCUUGGAAUGGUCUGAUGAUAUCUGGCUACGCCCGGGGAGGCCAGGUCCUGGGAGAGAGCCAGUACACUGACCGCGCUGUGAAGGCUGCAGACUUCCUGCGUACACACAUGUACAGUGAGGAUACAGGGGAGCUGCUCCGAAGCUGUUAUACUUCACAGCAGGAUGGCGUGGAUCAAAUCACGGAGCCUAUUGCAGGAUUUGUGGAUGACUAUUCCUUUGUGAUCCGAGGCCUGCUGGACCUGUACGAGGCAUGUUACGAUGCCCGGUGGUUGGAGUGGGCAGAGCAGCUACAACAGAAGCAGAAUGACCUCUUCUGGGACAGUGAGGGAGGCGGGUACUAUAGUACAAAUGCCUCUGCAAAGAACAUCAUCAUCAGAAUGAAAGAAGACCAAGAUGGGGCAGAACCCAGUCCAAACUCGGUGUCUUCAAUGAACCUGUUACGCCUGUCCCACUUUCUACAUCGUCCAGAAUGGCAGGAACAAUCAGAGAAGAUUUUCCGUGUGUUCAGUGAGAGACUCACCCAGGUCCCCAUUGCAGUCCCGGAGAUGGCGUCUGCUCUCCUGUUCCAUCUGUCCACACCAAAACAGAUCAUCAUUGCAGGAGAUAGAGAGUCAGAGGACACUAAGGCCCUUCUGAAGGCAGUCCACAAACACUACCUUCCCAACAAGGUGUUGCUGCUGGCAGAUGGCAAGAUGGACAGUUUCUUGUACAGUAAGGUAGAUUUCCUGAAGACCCUGCAGAAGGUGGACGGCAAGGCCACAGCUUAUGUCUGUGAAAACUACUCAUGUUCCCUGCCGGUUAACACUGUGGAGGACUUGGACAGGAUUCUGGAAUCUGGAUAGACUUGUAUCCUUAACAUUGUGAUUGUGAUAAGUAAAGUGCAAGUAUUUUG